AUGCCAGAAACUUUAGCACUUCCUUCAGCAAGUGAUUUUCAUAUCCAUCUUCGACAAGAUGAUUUAAUGAACAUGGUGGUUCCUCGAAUUGCAGAAGGAGGGGUUUCGUUAUGCUACGUCAUGCCAAAUCUAAAACCACCUAUUACUUCUACAGAAAAAGCCCUUAUUUAUAAAGCUCAAUUAGAAAAAUUAGAACCGAAUGUAACUUUCCUUAUGAGUUUAUACCUUUGUACUGAUUUGACACCUGAUGAAAUUAGAAAGGCUAAAACAAAUGGCAUUAUUGGUGUCAAAUCAUAUCCAAGAGGAGUAACUACUAAUUCAGAUUCUGGUAUAGAAUCAUAUACUGUUUAUUAUCCGGUUUUUAAAGCUAUGGAAGAAGUGGGAAUGAUAUUGAACCUUCAUGGUGAAAUACCAAGUGAUAUAGAAAAUGAUAUUUGUGUAAUGAAUGCCGAAGAAAAAUUUUUAAUACAUUUAAAAAAGUUACAUAAUGAUUUCCCGAAAUUAAAAAUCGUCUUGGAACACGCUACGACUAAAGCAGCGGUUGAAACGGUAAAAUCGCUUGGUGAAACUGUUGGCUGUACCAUAACGAUUCAUCAUUUACAACUUAUUGUAGAUGACUGGGCUGGCCAAUGUCAUAAUUUUUGUAAACCUGUUGCAAAAUUUCCUCACGAUCGUAAAGCUUUACGACAUCCUCGAUUUUUCUUGGGGACAGAUUCUGCUCCACAUCCUGCGCACCUUAAAGAAUGUGCUCAAGCAUGUGCUGGUGUAUUUACUACUCCUUUAACUCUUCCGUACCUUGCUACAAUCUUUGAAUCAUUUAACGCACUUCAUAUGCUUAAAUUAUUUGCUUGUGAGAAUGGCAAGAAAUUUUAUGAUGUAAAAGAAGAAGAGGGCAAAUGCCAUGAAAUUAAAUUGAUCAAAGAAACUUGGUCAGUUCCAAACUCGUACUCAUUUGGUGAUAAAGAAACAAAAAUUGGAAUCGUCAUUCCAUUUUGGGCUGGAAAAACUUUAACAUGGAAGAUUGACUCGAAUGAAUAA